AUGUCUGUUUCACUGAUGGAAACACAUGAAGAAGCAGAGCUCUGUUUUCCAGAACUCCUCAAUGCCUCCUGCCUGAAGCCAGUGCUUUCUCAGACCAAUGCUUUGGUCUAUCAGAUCCUGCUGUUCAUCUUCUCUCCACUCACUGUGGCUCUCAACCUGGUGGUCAUCAUCUCAGUCACCCAUUUCAGACAGCUCCACACACCCACCAACCUCCUCCUCCUCUCUCUGGCUGUGUCUGACCUCCUUGUAGGCCUGGUGCUGAUGCCGGCAGGAAUCCACCUACAGCUGUCCUGUUGGUUUCUUGGUGACUCCAUGUGUUCUUUGUAUAUAUUUUUUGCUUGUUUGUGUGUUUCUGCAUCAGUAUUAGACAUGGUGCUCAUCUCAGUCGACCGCUAUGUUGCUAUCUGUGACCCUCUUCAUUACACUAAUAAGGUCACUAUGAAAAGAGUUAAAGUUUGGGUUUGUCUCUUUUCUGCCAUUAUUGCUCUGUACAUGAGUGUGUUUGUGGUGGCUGUGUCUCAGGCUCAUGCCAUGCGUUCUCACAUCACAUCCAUCACAGCCCAGCGUUCAGGGAAGGCCGUCGCCAACAAAUCUGAGCUGAAAGCAGCCCGGAGUCUUGGUGUUCUUGUUGUUGUCUUCUUAAUAUGUUUCUGCCCUUAUUAUAUUGUGACUCUAACAGACAACUCAUUUAUUCCUUUAUUACCCUCUUAUAUGCAUUUUAUUAUGUAUUUAAAUUCAUGUGUAAAUCCUCUGAUUUAUUCCUUAUUCUACCCAUGGUUCAGAAAAGCUGUUAGACUAAUAUUCACUUUGCAGAUACUGCAGUCUGACUCUUGUGAUUCCACCAUGGUCUAG